CUUUUGUAUACGUUCGAAGUUCAAUCUAUGCGCAAUAAACUUGCGCAUUUACGAAAAGGGUGAAUAAGUGAAAAAUUUUGGUAAGAUUUUCGGAUAGUUAACUCAACGAUAUUCAAGAUGACUGGUGGUACAUCCACCGAAAAGUCAACAAGUAAUCCUUUGGAACAAUUUGUGCUGCUUGCAAAAACAGCUAAAGGUGCAGCGGCUUUGGAAUUAAUACGUCAAGCUGUAGAAACACCAGGAGUUCAUGUCUUCGGUGAAUUACUAGAUAUGCCAAAUAUAAAGGAAUUGGAAAGUGGUCCAUAUGUUCAAUAUUGGAAUACAUUAAAUUUAUUUGCAUAUGGUACAUACAAACAAUAUUUAGAGAAUAAAGAUAAGGUACUGGAAUUGACUCCAACGCAAAAAAAGAAGCUUCAGCAUCUUACAAUUGUAACUCUUGCAACCAAGUCUAAAUGUAUACCUUAUUCUGUCUUACUCGAAGAACUUGAUAUAAAAAAUGUCAGAGAUCUAGAGGAUUUAAUAAUAGAAGCUAUAUAUGCAGACAUAAUACAUGGUAAAUUAGAUCAAAAGAAUUCUCAAUUGGAAGUGGACUAUGCUGGUUUAGGACGCGAUGUUAGACCUGGUGAUGCAGGAGUAGUAGCAGAAACUUUAUCUGCUUGGGGAGAAGCUUGUGAUGCUGUUUUAGCAUGUAUUGAAGAACAAGUAACACGUGCAAAUGUAGAAAAACAAAAAGCUACUUAUCACAAAGAAAGAAUACAACGAGAUAUUGCCAAUAUAAAGAAAUUGCUUGCUGCUCAAGCUGGUGGUGGUGGAGUACAAGAAGCUGAUGUAGCAGGAGGUAGUUCUAGUGCAGGUGGCAGCGAAUCUGGUAGAGAAGCCUUACCAGUGCUACCAGAUUUAAAGAAAAAGCAACAGAAGAUGAAAUGUCUCAGAGGCAGUGGAUCUACAGACACAUUUUUAGGAUCUACUGCGGCAUUUUCAGGAUCUACAACGCCAUUUUCAGGAUCUUCUACGUCGCGAACUGAGGUCGAUCGGCCGUCGGUGAAGAAAUUGGGGUGAUCGGAGAACGAGUUAGGGUGAUUAAAUUAGAGGAAAACAUGUAUGGGGAUUUCGUUCGACGGUGUAUCUCGACGUCUCUAUUAUAUAUAAAUUUUAUACUUUAACAAAUAAAUUUCAUCUUUAAAAUGUUUCAUAUAUAUUUAUUGUAAGUUGCAACACUUUUGGUGUGCACGUAUAACAAAUAAAAACUAUACUAAGA